UCUUCCCCUCUCUGCCACUGUGCUCACGCAUUACAGCUUCGUCCUCGAUCCCCAUCACCGGCGCCCGUGAGCCGCGAGCUGGCCCAUCGGCCCAUGACCAUGAAGAGGCUCCUCCGGUGCGUGUCGACGGGGGCGUGCCGGGUGGCGCCGGGCGCCGUCGCGGAGAGGACGGCGCCGUCGCCGGGGGGCAAGGUGCCGGCGGGGCACGUGCCGGUGGAGGUGGGCGCGGAGGGGGAGGAGACGGAGCGGUUCGUCGUGCCGGCAGAGCUUCUGGGCCGCCCGCCCAUCGCCGAGCUUCUCCGAUGCGCCGCGCAGGAGUACGGCUACGCUCGCCGGGGACCGCUGCGCAUCCCCUGCCCCGCGGCGGUGUUCCGCCGGCUCCUCGGCGCGCUCGCCGGCGGCGACGGCGGGCUCAUGCUCGCCUACUUCAGCGUGGUUGUCUGAGAGUCUAGCGUAGCAUAGUGUGUUUCCUCCCGGCUCCUGAGGCGUGGCUGUGCAGGCCUGAGUUGUGCUUUCUGUUUUCUUGCUUGUCCUUCUUGGGGCUCCUAGAUUCCAUUUGUUUCUUCUUCACCUCCUUUGUUUUUCUUUUCUCAUUUGUGUAAUAAUAUGUAUGUAAAUAUGUAAAUCCAGAUCCAUGAGAUGUUUAUUCUAUCUAUUUGUAGCACAAAUCUUUCUCUUUUCCUUCUUUGAGUGGACUAUCUUUGUCUUGUUU